CCUCUUCUCCCUCGCCCCUCCCACUUUGGGUUUCGAAAAGCUUGCUGGCUGUUCCAAGAAUCCGUCCGGGUCACUUUAGUUCCUCUCCGUUUCUCAUUGGUUGCUUGCGUGCGCGUGACUAUUUUCUUGCUUCAUGAUUGGCUAAAAUCAGUAGCGUCCUCGGCGGCCAGGAGGGCGGAGGGAUGAGGGAAGUUGGCGUGAGAGAGACCGGGUUGGGGGAGGGGUUUAGGCCUGUUCUCAGCGGCGGCGGCAGCAGCAGCGCCGGCCGCCACCGCCUCUGGAACGCGGAGGAGGUGGGUCCUGGGAAGCGGAAUGUCCAUCGCUCCAGCUUGGUGGUGAAUGCUGAGGAGAGUCACGGUUGCUGCAGUCUGUGCCACACGGAGGAAGUUGUGUGAGGCCGGGCGGGAGCUCGCGGCACUUUGGGGAAUCGAAAAGCGGGGUCAGUGCGAAGACUCUGCUGCUGCCAGACCCUUUCCCAUUCUGGCCAUGCCUGGAAGGAACAAGGCGAAGUCUACCUGCAGCUUCCCUGACCUGCAGCCCAAUGGACAGGAUCUGGGCGAAAACAGCCGGGUUGCCCGUCUAGGAGCGGAUGAAUCUGAGGAAGAGGGACGGAGGGGGUCACUCAGUAAUGCCGGGGACCCUGAGAUCGUCAAGUCUCCCAGCGACCCCAAGCAAUACCGAUACAUCAAAUUACAGAAUGGCUUGCAGGCACUUUUGAUUUCAGACCUAAGUAAUAUAGAGGGUAAAACAGGAAAUACAACUGAUGAUGAUGAUGAAGAAGAAGAGGAGGUGGAGGAAGAAGAAGAUGAUGACGAAGAUUCUGGAGCUGAAACACAAGAUGAUGAAGAGGGUUUUGAUGAUGAAGAUGAGUUUGAUGAUGAACAUGAUGAUGAUAUUGAUACUGAGAAUAAUGAAUUGGAAGAAUUAGAAGAGAGGGCAGAAGCUAGAAAAAAAACUACUGAAAAACAGCAAUCGCAGAGCCUGUUUUUGCUGUGGUCAAAGCUGACUGAUAGACUGUGGUUUAAGUCAACUUACUCAAAAAUGUCUUCAACCCUGCUGGUCGAGACAAGAAAUCUUUAUGGGGUAGUUGGAGCUGAAAGCAGGUCUGCACCUGUUCAGCAUUUGGCAGGAUGGCAUGUGGAGGAGCAGCAGGGUGAAACUGACACAGUUCUGUCUGCAGCGGCUCUUUGUGUUGGAGUUGGGAGUUUCGCUGAUCCAGAUGACCUGCCGGGGCUUGCACACUUUUUGGAGCACAUGGUAUUCAUGGGUAGUUUGAAAUAUCCAGAUGAGAAUGGGUUUGAUGCCUUCCUGAAGAAGCAUGGGGGUAGUGAUAAUGCCUCAACUGAUUGUGAACGCACAGUCUUUCAGUUUGAUGUCCAGAGGAAGUACUUCAAGGAAGCCCUGGACAGAUGGGCCCAGUUCUUCAUCCAUCCACUAAUGAUCAGAGAUGCUAUUGACCGUGAAGUUGAAGCUGUUGAUAGUGAAUAUCAACUUGCAAGGCCUUCUGAUGCAAACAGAAAGGAAAUGUUGUUUGGAAGCCUUGCUCGACCUGGACAUCCUAUGGGGAAAUUUUUUUGGGGAAAUGCUGAGACACUCAAGCAUGAGCCAAAAAAGAAUAAUAUUGAUACACAUUCUAGAUUGAAAGAAUUCUGGACACGUUACUACUCUGCUCAUUACAUGACUUUAGUGGUUCAAUCCAAAGAAACACUGGAUACUUUGGAAAAGUGGGUGACUGAAAUAUUUUCUGAGAUACCAAACAAUGGGUUACCCAAACCAAACUUUGGCCAUUUAACGGAUCCAUUUGACACACCAGCAUUUAACAAACUUUAUAGAGUUGUUCCAAUCAGAAAAAUUCAUGCUCUGACCAUCACAUGGGCACUUCCUCCUCAGCAGCAACAUUACAGGGUGAAGCCACUUCAUUACAUAUCAUGGCUGGUUGGACAUGAAGGCAAAGGCAGCAUUCUUUCUUUCCUUAGGAAAAAGUGCUGGGCUCUUGCACUGUUUGGUGGAAAUGGUGAGACGGGAUUUGAGCAAAAUUCCACUUAUUCAGUGUUCAGCAUUUCUAUUACAUUGACUGAUGAGGGUUAUGAACAUUUUUAUGAGGUUGCUUACACUGUCUUUCAGUAUUUGAAAAUGCUGCAGAAACUAGGCCCAGAGAAAAGAAUUUUUGAAGAGAUUCGGAAAAUUGAGGAUAAUGAAUUUCAUUACCAAGAACAGACAGAUCCAGUUGAGUAUGUGGAAAACAUGUGUGAGAACAUGCAGCUGUACCCACUACAGGACAUUCUCACUGGAGAUCAGCUUCUUUUUGAAUACAACCCAGAAGUCAUUGCUGAAGCCUUGAAUCAGCUAGUUCCUCAAAAAGCAAAUCUUGUUCUACUGUCUGGUGCUAAUGAGGGAAAAUGUGACCUCAAGGAGAAAUGGUUUGGAACUCAGUAUAGUAUAGAAGAUAUUGAAAACUCUUGGGCUGAGCUGUGGAAUAGUAAUUUUGAAUUAAAUCCAGAUCUUCAUCUUCCAGCUGAAAACAAGUACAUAGCCAAAGACUUUACAUUGAAGGCUUUCGAUUGCCCUGAAACAGAAUACCCAGUUAAAAUUGUGAAUACUCCACAAGGUUGCCUGUGGUAUAAGAAAGACAACAAAUUCAAAAUCCCCAAAGCAUAUAUACGUUUCCAUCUAAUUUCACCCUUGAUACAGAAAUCUGCAGCAAAUGUGGUCCUCUUUGAUAUCUUUGUCAAUAUCCUUACGCAUAACCUUGCGGAACCAGCUUAUGAAGCAGAUGUGGCACAGCUGGAGUAUAAACUGGUAGCUGGAGAAUAUGGUUUAGUUAUUCGAGUAAAAGGAUUUAACCACAAACUACCUUUACUGUUUCAGCUCAUUAUUAACUACUUAGCAGAGUUCAGUUCCACACCAGCUGUCUUUACAAUGAUAACUGAGCAGUUGAAGAAAACUUAUUUUAACAUCCUCAUCAAGCCAGAGACUUUGGCCAAAGAUGUGCGGCUUUUAAUCCUGGAAUAUGCCCGUUGGUCUAUGAUUGACAAGUACCAGGCUUUGAUGGAUGGCCUUACCCUUGAGUGUCUGCUGAGCUUCGUCAAAGAAUUCAAAUCCCAGCUCUUUGUUGAGGGCCUGGUACAAGGGAAUGUCACAAGCACAGAAUCUAUGGAUUUCCUGAAAUAUGUUGUUGACAAACUAAACUUCAUGCCUCUGGAGCAGGAGAUGCCUGUGCAGUUCCAGGUAGUUGAGCUGCCCAGGGGCCACCAUCUAUGCAAAGUGAAAGCUCUGAACAAGGGUGAUGCCAACUCUGAAGUCACUGUGUACUACCAGUCAGGUACCAGGAGUCUAAGAGAAUAUACUCUUAUGGAGCUGCUGGUGAUGCACAUGGAAGAACCUUGUUUUGACUUCCUUCGAACCAAGCAGACUCUUGGGUACCAUGUCUACCCUACCUGUAGGAACACAUCUGGGAUUCUAGGAUUUUCUGUCACCGUGGGGACUCAGGCAACCAAAUACAAUUCUGAAGUUGUUGAUAAGAAGAUAGAAGAGUUCCUUUCUAGCUUUGAGGAGAAGAUUGAGAACCUCACUGAAGACGCAUUCAACACCCAGGUCACAGCUCUUAUCAAGCUGAAAGAGUGCGAGGAUACCCACCUUGGGGAGGAGGUGGAUAGGAACUGGAAUGAAGUGGUGACACAGCAGUACCUCUUUGACCGCCUUGCCCACGAGAUUGAAGCACUGAAGUCAUUCUCAAAAUCAGACCUGGUCAACUGGUUCAAGGCUCAUAGAGGACCAGGAAAUAAAAUGCUCAGCGUUCAUGUUGUUGGAUAUGGGAAGUAUGAAUUGGAAGAGGAUGGUACCCAUUCUGGUGAGGAUUCAAAUUCUUCUUGUGAAGUGAUGGAGCUAACAUACCUGCCAACGUCUCCUCUGCUGGCGGAUUGUAUCAUCCCCAUUACUGAUAUCAGGGCUUUCACAUCAACACUCAACCUUCUCCCCUACCAUAAAAUAGUCAAAUAAACUGCAGUCGCGUUGGCCUGAA